UAAUAUUAGCGCGCCGAGCUGUUAUGAUGAUUUCAACUGUUCUUAAUGAAGAUAUAGGAAAGUGCUUUUUUUACGUUAAUUCGAUUCUGUAGCCAUCUGGAGCUUCUGUAGAUUGGGAUAUCUUAACAUUACAACGUCCGCUUGCUUCGUUUCGCCUGGAGCGAUGUAACAAACGACCAUUAGGUUUCGGUCGUUUUGCGUUACAUUUUACGUGUCUCUCUCUAACUCUUCAGGUCUUUCACGAGCGCCAUCUGUGGACUUUAUGUCGCACAUUAUCAACGGAGUCGGGCAUUCGUCACGAGACCACAACGUUUAGCACGUUCGUCGCGUAGAGAACAUUAGUGCGAUCGCGUCUCCGAACGAUCUCUCCCGUGCGUCUCGCUGUCGAAUGUAGCUCAUCUUCCCGCGUUAAACGCGCUUGUCGGUGUCUGUAACGUCAUUUCAACGCAGUAACUGAAAACAGCUCCUGCUUAACUACUGGUAGAACAGUAGAGAAAAGAAACUCUAAUCGGUUUACAGAAAGAGCCAAUCCGGUUUCGACGAGGAUAUAAGUUGCCCAUAACUUCUUCCAUCGAAACGUCUUCGUUAUUAUGUAUCAGCAGGUGAAAAACUGUUAGAAACGGACUGGGAACAGCGGCCAGGAUUUUUCAAACUUUCACAAAUGGCAAUGUCAACCCUUCUCAUGUGCCUUCAGUUUUCUUUUUUUAUGACUGCCAAAGCUGUUAACGCAGGCUGCCAAUGUGUCUUCUACGACAGUACGUUCGGAAAAGACUACGGUGUGUUUACGUCACCAAACUGGCCAAUACCGUACGAGGACAGCAUAAACUGCGUACUGUACACCUUCCAAGCUCCAGAAGGUGAGAUCGUGGAGGUCACCUUUGACGAGUUCGACGUCCAGAAGUCCGAGCUAGAGUGUCGCCUGGGAGACUACGUGAGCUUGUUUCUUCACUUAGAAGAGGCAGCUGUGGACCACAGAACACCAGAAAACGUGAUUCUGUGCGGUAAGGUAACGGACAUUGUCCAGACGUACUACUCCUCCAGCCAAGCUCUUAUCAUUGAAUUCCACAGUGACUGGAAACAAGGAAACAACACUGGAUUCAGAGGGACGUAUCGCUUUCUAAAAAAACGUUUGUUCCUCACGGACGGAGAUCCUUUGUACGGUACCAAAUGUGACUACCAGUUCUACAGGGGUAACAAGUCCUACAAUAAAGGACACUUUUACUCACCUCUUUACCCCAGCACUUACCCCCAGAAUGCCAAGUGUGCCUACCACUUUAUGGGGAGAUACAAUGAAAGAAUUAACGUCAACUUUGAAAAAGUCCGCUUUCAACGGGAAGACUUGAGCUGUCUAAAGAGCGCGGAUAAAGUCAUAGUGCACGAUGGAAAAGAUGUCAGCAGCCCUGUUAUUGGAGAACUCUGUAACUACCACGAUUUUGUGGAGUUUGUUUCCACUGGACCAGAUCUCUAUAUAGAGUUUAAUAGCCAGAGCCGAGUUCCUGGACAAGGUUUUAAAGCAGUUUUCCAAUUCUAUGAAGAGCAUCUGAACACGGGAUUAAACAUUCCGUCUACAGAACCACAGAACAACGGUUUGAUCUUAGCAGUCAAUGGUAAACCACGUGUACACUGUGAUAGAUGGAUCAGUAGUGCUUUUUCUAAAAACGGAACCAUCGAUAGCCCUUACUACCCGGAACCUUAUCCCAGCGGGGUCAAGUGUGUUUACCAUUUCGCCGGUAGAGGGCGGGAGAGAGUCCAAAUAAUUUUCAUCGACUUUGAUCUCCACCAACCUCUACACAGCAAAGUUAGCAGAGACUGCGAAGGAGUGGACGUGGUUGAGACGUUCGUAAAGAUUAAUGGGCAGAAAGACAAAAUUAGAAACUUCUGUGGAAAAACCGUUCCUCCAAAACUGAUGUCUAAUGGACCAUGGAUGACCAUAGAGUUCCAUACAAAUAAGACUUCUUCGGGUUCUAAAGGAUUUCAAGCUAUAUACCGAUUUGUUACCGAUUUUGGGAUAAAGGAGGGAACCCAAGACCCACAGUUAGUGUGUGGUUUCAUCUUCAACAGCCGGGAGCAGGUUAACGGAACUUUUAUCUCACCCAAUCAUCCCGGACUGUAUCCUAGAAACACAGAAUGCCAUUACUUCUUUAUAGGAAGGAAAUCCGAAAAAGUUCAGGUGACCUUCACCGAGUUCGAUGUGGAAGGAGUAACUCCCUGCACCAUAGAUACCGCUAGUGACUACUUGGAAAUUUCCAAUAAGCCUUCCGCAGUCGCUGGACUUUCUCGACACUGUGGUUUAAAGAAGCCCAGAACAAUUCGCUCGGAGGGAUAUUAUCUUCGGAUCACGUUCAAGUCUAACAACCGAUUUGACGGAACGGGUUUCAAGGCCUUUUAUCAAUUCACGAAUGAAACAAACCCUUCCAAUACCAAAAGGAUACACGAUGCUGGUAGAAAUACGUUUAGUUUUCGGUCCUCGUAUCUUUUGGUGACUGUGAUUCUUUUACGAACUGUGGAUAUGGAGCAAUUGUUCGUGUCCUAAACUGGAAAAAAACUGGUUGAAACCAUAAAGUGCCUGAACCGACUUCCUAGAAGUGAGUGCACAGGCUCAUUUUACUGUGAUACACGCUUCCUCCAAACAGUCACAGCUUUGUGGACUUGCAGCGCCAUCUGUCCGCGCAUAAGUAAAAAUAUAAUCUCAUCAUAAGACAAGGUCGCCGAUUGUUGUUGUGUAUGUAUGUAAUAAAAUGUCACGAAUAAAUCUGAAUCUGUUGAAGCAGAAAAAAACAACACACGAUGAGAAUAAAAACAAACUUUGAUUGAGUUCGGAUGUUUUAGAAAACUCACAACAGCUCGUGCAAUGUGUUAAGUUACUCGACGUUCAAAAAUUAAAUGUGUUAGUUAUUGUGAUUGGAUUUCCUAAAUUUACUUUAUUUUCCCCUAAAAAAAGUGACUAAUGUAAAAAUAAAGAAGCACAAAUGUGUAAUAAAUCUGAUAUCGAUAAACAAAACUCGAAACAAUAAAUAUGUCGUGAUACA